UUCGUGCAGCCCGAACCAUCAAAGCACACUCACCUACAUUUCUGUCUGACAUAAAGAGUGAAGUAACCUGCGCCGCACGUGAGGGGAAAUCCUGGCUGAGCUGAAAGUUUGCGUUGGUAGAGUGAUGAAUAAAGUGGUGUUGGAAUGAACUCUGACAUGAGGAAAUUAGCUGACUUGUUUACGGAGGAUUCAGAAAAUGAUGCGACAUUUUAUGGCUUUUCUGACUCUGAAUUCGUAGAUACGCGUUUAGAUUAUGACGAUGAAGUCCAGCUUGACAUGUCCCCCAAGGAACAGCAGAAAACCACAUCUGCAGGCCUUCCACCUUUCAGACUGAGGGUUGCAUUACGCUGUGUGCCUUCCAUCCAGCUGUCCACAGGUCAUGAUGCAGAAGACAGUGAGAAAAUAACAACUAGAAGAGGAGUGAAGAGGCUGAGAAACACCAGUAAAACUAAAAAGGACAGAGCUGUAAAACGUGAAGAAGAGGAGUCAACAGUUGGCCAUCCUUCUCUGUCUGAGGAGCGUGGAUCUGAUUCAGACGAAGAUGUUUUUGAUAAUUUUCUGUUAAAGAGAGAGCAGAACAUCAAGGCUAACAAAGCAAUGUUGGCUCAGCUGAUGGCAGAUCUGCAGAAAAUUCCAGAAGGUGCAGGGAUUUUCAAAAGAUCAGGCAAACGGAAGGCAAAAGUAAGACACUCUCGUCCACCACAUACUGAUCUGACUGGAGAGGAGUCCAGAAGGUAUCCAGAACGAGCUUCCCGCAGACAAACACGUUCCAUGAGGAAAGGUCAGGAUCCCUCAUCCUCUGAGGAGGUAGAUGUGGAGCUCAGUUUGGAGGAAGAGCUACUAGAGGUGCGCAGAGCCCCACGGCAUCGGUCCACUCCACGACCCAAUCAGAGCAAGCCUCAUGUAAUCCGUCCAGUAGAGGACAUCAAAGACGAUGAGCUUCAGCUGGUUGCAGACAAUAUGACUGAUAAAGUGUACAACAGUGCCACAGGUUCUACAUGCCAUCAGUGCAGGCAGAAAACCAUCGAUACAAAGACGUGCUGCCGUAGCGAAGACUGCCGUGGGAUUCGGGGUCAGUUCUGUGGGCCAUGUUUGAGGAACAGAUACGGAGAAGACGUGAGGAAAGCGCUGCUGGAUCCGAAUUGGACGUGUCCUCCCUGUCGAGGAAUUUGCAAUUGUAGUUUUUGCCGGCAGCGGGAAGGCCGAUACCCAACUGGUAUUUUGUUCCCCCUGGCUCAAUACCACGGCUUCUCUGACGUCCAUUCCUACCUCACCAGCCUCCGUAAUAAACUGGAGGGAGAAUCCUGAAGGAGAUGCUGUUCAAGUACUACUGUGUUCUUUCAUGUGCUGAAGUUUUAUCAGUUUUAUACAUUCAGCCUGUUUUAAAUAAAUGCGGUUUUUAUCCAA